CUCCAUGUUCAAGUAUGGCAUGGCUUACACCGAACAUUGGUUUGAAACUGUUCUUAAUCUUCAGUUUACCCAACUCCCUGGCCCUCUGUGCCUCGUGCCCGCCAGGAUGGCUGAAAUGGCAACAGUCCUGUUACAUCCGACUUGCCGACAAAAUGAACUGGUUUCAGGCAUACGAGGCCUGUGAUCGGCCGGGAAGUAGUUUGGUUGUUCCCAACUCCCCAGAGGAAAAUCUCUUCAUUUGGAAGUCAAUGGUGAAAGGAUGGGGUGGUCUGUGGAUCGGCUGUACGGAUGCGGCCCAAGAGGGCGUUUGGUUGUGCGGGAAGGAGCCUGCAAUGUACACUAACUGGCACAAGAAAAGUCCCAAAUUCGACGACUCGCUGAACUGUGCCCGGGUGACUGUCUUCCAAGGCGGAGUUUGGAAGAACGAUUUGCCUUGCAGCACCACACAAGAACGAAGGUUUGCAGCAUGUGAGAUGACGGCUGCCGUGGUGCCAACCUACCACGCAGCCAUUGAUCUCGAUGGGCGUAUCUCCCCGUGUCUCCUCCACCACGAAAUCAAGAAUGUGACAGCAGAGGGUGUGCUUGCCUGCGGAUGGGCGUGCCGUGCCGAGCCCCGAUGCCGUUCCUUCAAUCUGUGGCAAGGCCGUGAAAAAGACCUUUGUCAACUUAAUGACGUCUCUCGUCGUGGAGUAAGCACUAAAUUCAAGAGGGAGGACAACUGCUUUUUCUUUGAGCUGUAGAAUCCUAUUUCAACAAUCAUUAAAAAUUGGACAUGACUUUAUGCUAGAAACUUCAUAUUACUGAUUUUCAAACGUGAAGAGGUGCACUGUAAUGACCAUAAAACUUUGCACAUUUUUAGCUUGUUAUUCUUUGUUCCCAUUUUGGCUGGUUUUGUCAGAACCUGGAACUUUCGGUAAUACGGUGGUUAUAAAGGUUGCACGUUCAUCAUUUCGUAAAAUUAGAAUUGAUCGGAGGUCUGUAUGUAAAAAGUAUGUAAAAAGUUUCAAGAAAAUAUGUGUUAACUAAAUGAC